GACGACCUGGCCCGCAAAUACCUGGUGCAUGAUCGGGAACUCGCAUACAACGAGGGCCUCAACUGCCGCUGGCUCUGUCCAUGCUGCUGGCAACGCCACCUCGAGGACAACGGCGUCCUCGAGGCACCCCUGGGGAAGAGCAUGGCCGAGAGGCUCGCCUCCAACCAGAAGGACCGCAAGGCAGAGAACGAGGUCAAAGUCAGCAACGACAGCGACAACACGCUGUCACAGCUGCUCCUGACGGCCACCAGCAGCGACGGCCCAGGGCAGAUCGGCAGCGCUAUUCCCAGGGAGCGUCCAAUCGACAACCGGUCCGGCACCGGCGCCAUGAAGUCUGGGUCCUAUUCCGCCACGUGUGGCAGCUGCGUCGGGGAACCUGUCAAAUACACGUGGAAACCAAGCCAGCCCGCGCCGGGCCCCUUCAUCUGGAAGCCCAACGCCGACUGGGAUGCGACCGAUGACCGAUGCGGCCUCUCCGAAUGUGAGACCUGGGUGGAGCGCUGGGCCGGCGCCUCCUGGAACGAGCACUGGCAGUGCCGCAUCUGCCUGGUGCAUAUUUGGGACAUCGAGCCCAGCGCCUCCAACGUGGCCCUGGACAGGCACUCGGCGCGGACGCGCCCUCCCGCUCCAACGAAGAGGGCCCCCGGGCCGAGACCCAUCGCGGACAACAGCUUACGCGACGAGUUUGGUCAUCCGCGGGGCUUCGGCAUGGGGGGCGACGCGACGCCGCCCUGGCUUCUCUGCCCCGACCAGUUGGACACCAGUCGGUGCGAUCACAUUCUCAGCAUCCCCCCAUCGUUUUCGCCGCCUGCGCGCCCCCCGCUGAGUCACCGCGAGGUCGACGCCUACCUCGCAGCAGCAAGCGACCAAGUCGGGGCGGAGACAGCCUCCCCCCUGACUCAGGCACGGCACGUUCGCUGUCUGGACCCAGCCUGCGACGACGCCUGGAUCGCUCUUUCCUCCCGUGAGGGCCCUGAACCGGACGAUUUGAGCGACGGCGCCUUUGGGCGCAGAUUGGCCUGUACCUACAUCGUUUCGCUGUGCGCCGGCACGCCCACCGACGACG